AUGGGCAGCCUCUGGCCAUGGGUGCUGGGUCUGCUCUCUUUGCCAGGUUUGAUCUUAGGAGCACCCUCAGCCUGCACUUCCCCAGAAGCCUGUGGAACCAGCUACUCGGAGGGCCUCAACCCCGAGGAGACCCAGACGUCCUGGGACAAGGACAUCCCUGCGAUUAACCAAGGGCUCAUCCCAGAGGAAUCCCCUGAGAGCAGCUUCCUCCUGGAGGGGGAUAUCCUUCGACCAAGUCCCUUCCAGGUGUUCUCAGUGAGCAGCAACAAGUGGCCUAAGAACGGGGGGUUUGUGGAGGUCCCCUUCCUGCUCUCCAGCAAGUAUGAUAAAGCCAGCCGUGAGGUCCUCCUGCGGGCAUUUGCUGAGUUUGAGCGGUUCACAUGCAUCCGGUUUGUUGCCUACCGGGGCCAGAGAGACUUCAUUUCCAUCAUCCCCAUGUCUGGGUGUUUCUCUAGCGUGGGACGCAGUGGAGGGAUGCAGGUGGUGUCCCUAGCACCCACCUGUCUCCAGAAAGGCCCGGGCAUUGUCCUGCAUGAGCUCAUGCAUGUGCUGGGCUUCUGGCAUGAGCACUCACGGGCUGAUCGGGACCGCUAUAUUCGUAUCAAUUGGAAUGAGAUCCUCCCAGGCUUUGAAAUCAACUUCAUCAAGUCUCAGAGCAGCAACAUGUUGGUGCCCUAUGACUACUCAUCAGUGCUGCACUAUGGGAGGUUUGCCUUCAGCCGGCGGGGGCUGCCCACCAUCACACCCCUCUGGGCUCCCAGUGUCCAAAUUGGCCAGCGAUGGAAUCUGAGCACCUCGGACAUCACACGGGUCCUCAGGCUUUAUGACUGCAACCCAAGUGGCCAAGGCGCCCGUGGUGGAGGGUUCCAGCCCCACAGCGAUGUUAGGAGCCCUACUCCUGCCCCUAGACCAUCCCUGCAACGGCUUCUGAAGGCAUUGUUGGCAGAAUCUGGGAACACUGACGCCAGUGGCCCCAAGGCAGGAGGCCGACAUGUUGCUGCAGGGCCCCGAGAGAGCUCACAUAGCUGGGAGCUCCCUGCACAGAGGAAGGUCGCUGUGGGGGCCUCUGCAAGGCUGCCUCAGACCCCAGCUUCUUCCCUGAACUCCAGGCCUGGAGCAGGUGUUCCUGGUGUUCUAGAGAUGUCCCGACUGGCCCAAGCACCCUCUGUACCCCCAACCACAUCUCCAGAGGCAGAAGGCCAGCUAGUGCCUAUCCAGGAUGCUUUGGGGAACCCAGAUCUGCCAGGAGCAGGAUCCUUCCCGGAGUCCCGAAGACCCCAGAUGACGGUCUCUCGGACCUCCGGUGGCUCGGAGGCCGAGAAGAAAACGGCGGGCUCGCUCUCCUCCCAUUCCCCUGCCGCGGCCGGCUGCCUGCAGGCGCGGCUCCCGGCUAGAGCCAGCGAGCGGAACCCGCGCCUCGGCCUCUGCGCCGCCUCCCACCAUCGGUGGCGCGACCCUUCGGCCGACCCGCCGGGCCCCGCGUCCCAGCGGAGUUGA